UGGAGGAAGUGUCCAGUAACUUUCAUUUUCAAGCCUGUGCUCUUCUCGAGGUAUCAGGAAGGGACUACGGUUGUUACAUAUGGCUGAAGACACACGCAACAAAAACCCACUUAAGAUUUUGGAAUCUGUGGGCAAAGAGCUCAUUACUGGCGUUUUGGAUGACUUGGUGGGAAAAAAUGUCCUGAAAUUGGAGGAAGAGGAGAAGAAAAAAAUUUAUGAUGCCAAGCUUGAAGACAAGGCGCGGGUCUUGGUGGACUCUAUGCGACAGAAACGCCAUGAGGCAGGUCAAAUCUUUGUUCAAACCUUCCUAAACAUAGAAAAAAAUUCCACCAGUAUAAAAGCUCCUGAGGAAAUCGUGACUGGACCAGAUGAGUCAGCAGAAACUACAGAUACCCUCAAGCCUUGCCCUCAUGAAGAAUUUCUUAAACUGUGUAAAGAAAGGGCUGAAGAGAUCUAUCCAAUAAAGGAGAUAAAGUCCCGCACUCGUCUGGCUCUCAUCAUAUGCAAUACAGAGUUUGAUCAUCUCCCUCUCAGGAAUGGGGCUGCCCAUGACAUCAUGGGAAUGAAGGGGCUGCUUGAGGGCCUUGGCUACAGUGUGGAUGUGGAAGAGAAACUCACAGCCAGGGAUAUGGAAUCAGUGCUGUGCAGAUUUGCUGCCCGUGAAGAGCACAAAUCUUCAGACAGCACAUUCUUGGUGUUCAUGUCUCAUGGCAUCCUGGAUGGGAUCUGUGGGACUAUGCAUAGUGAUGAAAAACCAGAUGUGCUACCUUAUGACACCAUCUUCCGGAUAUUCAACAACCGCAAUUGCCUCAGUCUAAAGGACAAACCUAAGGUCAUCAUUGUCCAGGCCUGUAGAGGUGCAAAUCGUGGGGAAUUGUGGGUCAGUGACUCUCCAGCAGCCUUGGCAGACAGCUCUUCACAGUCGCCUGAGAACCUGGAGGAGGAUGCCAUUUACAAGACCCAUGUGGAGAAGGACUUCAUUGCUUUCUGCUCCUCAACCCCACAUAAUGUGUCCUGGAGAGACAUCACAAAAGGUUCUCUCUUCAUUACUCAACUCAUCACAUGCUUCCAAAAAUAUUCCUGGCGCUGUCAUCUAGAGGAAGUAUUUAGGAAGGUACAAAAAUCAUUUGAAAAACCAAAUGUUAAAGCCCAGAUGCCCACCAUUGAACGACUCUCCAUGACAAGAUAUUUCUACCUCUUUCCUGGCAAUUGAAAAUAGUUAAGUAUCAAGAAUUUUUGUUGACAGGCAAAAUAAGUGGGACAGUGAUAUUAGUAGUGAGGUCCAAUGACCAAUGGCAGCCUGUUGCUUUAGUGGUCAAAUUAGUAAAUUAGUAUUCCUUGUUGAUGUAGUUUGUUGAUUAGUUGCUAAUUUUUACUUUGUUUAUAUGCAUCUGGAUCCACCCCUACAUCUCUACAAUCAUCAAUCAAUAAAUCAAUCAGCCAAGAAGGUAAGCCAAAUCAAGACAGAAAGUAAUAAACAAUGAAAGACACAGCUAACAAUUAUUAGCAUAGACAUGUACCCAUUCUUCCAUUAUUACUUAUAUUCAUGUCUCUCUCUCUCUCUUUCUUUCUCUCUCUCUGUCUCUCUCUCUCUGACACACACACACACACACACAUUAUUAGUUACCAAAUAUUGCCUCAGAUUAAAAAAACAAACAAACAAACAGAAAAAGAGGUGACUGUAGAGAAAGCAGGACUGUGGUCCUCUGAGUGCAGGUGUCAUAUUACUGAUACUGAAGUACCAUUACCAUACAGUAUAAAAUGCACCCUGGAAAAGUUUGUGUCAAUGAAGACUCUGCUUCUCUGACUGUUCUCACAGUGUAGAUCACAGAACAUUCAGAGUCAGUUCUCAGAUUCUUAAUUACUGCUCAGAAACCCCUUCAAUCACCCAUAUUAACACUUAAACAAAAAUUUUUUGGUCAAAUUAUUUUAGAAUGGGUUUAUUGAGUUUAGACCCAACAAUUAUUUACUCACUCAUAACAGCUUUAUAUCACACUAUAUUAUAAGCAUAUUAUUAAUCUCCCUCUCAGAAACAUAAUUAAGAUUAUAUUUUAUAGUAAAUUUUAUCUCAAUUCUUGAAAUAUUUACCCACCAUCUUCUACCCCUGGUUUCUGACACCCUGGCUACAUAAAUGCAUAGAUACUUCAGCAGAAUAGCUUCUAUUGCCUAAUUAGUCCAAUAGAACCACAUUUGGGGAUUGAAUUAUUUAUUUGACUAAUAUUUAUCAAGCACUUACUAUGUUCCAAGUUCUGUUCUAGAUGCUUGGAAUGUACCAGUGAACAAAAUAAAUAGAGUCCUUGCUCUCAGAAAGCUCAUACUCUAGUGAGUGGAGAUGAUAGACUCUAAAUACACCAGCAAGUAAAUAUAUGUUAGAGAGUGGUAAGAGCUAAGAAGAAAAAAUAAAAAGGGCUAAAGAGACACAAAAAGAUGGAUACUGUACUGUUAUAAAUAGAUUACUCAGGAAAGGCUGCUUUGAAGUAAUGAAAUGAUUUGAAAUCAGAACAAAGAAUGGAUAGAGUAAGGGAGUGAACCUUAUGCUUCUAGUGGGAAAUGCAUCCCAACACCAGAAAUAAGAAGUACGGAUGCCCUGAGGCAGAUGUGUGCUUAAGAUGUUUAAAGUACUUCAAGAAGGCAGCUGGCUAGAGAAUAAGAGUGGGAAAAAUGGCAGAGUAAAAUUCAGAAAAAUGGUGAGAAGCUCUUGAUCACAUGGGCCUUGGUGAUCACAUGGUAAAUGUUUUAAAAUAUUUUAUCCUAAGUGAGAUAGGAAACCCUUCAAGAGCUUUUGAAGAGAGAAAUGAUAUAAUCUAACUUAGAUUUUGCAAAGAUCACUCUGAGUACUUUUUGAUGAAUAGACUACAAAGGUCACAGAGAGAAGCCAAGGGAAAUGGCAAAAGCAUAUGGAAGAAAAUCAAAGAAGAAUCACAGUAAGGGUUGGAUUGAAGGCUUCCAGGGAUUACUAUCUUAAACUUCUGUUCUUUUUUCUCUUCUUCAGAAAAUCACAGGAAGUUCAGCUGUUUCAACUUCAAGAAGCACUUUUACCAGUACAGAACACAUGUUUAAUCUUUUGUCUUUCAAUGAAAAUGAAAACAAAUGAACUGGGUUGUUUUGGGUCUUCUAAUAGAGAAUAGACUUUCAGUUAAAAUGGUGGAUGGAUGGAAAUGAAGUGGAAGAAGCAAACUGGGUUUUCUAGUUUUAUUGCAUAUAAUAUCUGCACUUCAUUGAGUAAAGGGAACUGGUCAUGACUUGCCCUCAGCAAUAGGGUGAAAGGAGAUGGUGCUCAUCUGGAGACAAGAGCUGUAAAUUGGUCAGCUCCUCCUUUAUACACUCAUCAAACCCCAGGCCUAGAAUUGUGCAGAAGAAGUUUUCUAAUAUAUUAUUCAACCAACGUCAUAGCUUGAGUACAUUUUUUUCUUCAGUAAGUUAUGAUUUUAGCAAAUUACACCUAUGUAUCUUUCUUCCUAUCUAUAAGUUAAUUUACUUUCUUGUUGAUUAUUUUCUUUCCAGAUUUCUGCAUAUUUCCAAGCUUCAGGAAAAUUUUAUUAUUUAGCAAACAUUCGGUUAUUGUCUAAAAUAAAUUGGGCUUUUGAUUCAA